UUUUUGGAGGCACCGGUCUACUCAUUUGUUUUUAGAGGCACUGGUCUACCACCACACUGCCUUUUAAUACUGAUCAGAUGUAGGGCGGCCCUUUGAAGCUCCACGGCAAGAGUUUUAAACAGUUUUUUUCCUUCUAGCCGAUCAGCUGGGACUCAGGAGGCAGCAAUAGAUUGGGGGUGGGGCCAAAUAAAAGAUGGAUCCUAUUGUGUUGUGAUGCUGCCUGGUGAGAGACUUAUAUAGAUCUAUUUCUGGCUCGUUAGCCAUCAUCAGUAAGCCACACCCACAUCUCAUGUAUCCUCCGUGUAAAGAAAAAGGCAAAAGCUGUAAUUCUGGCCUUUUUUCCCCCAAUUCUGGAAGGAGAGUGGAUUUAUACUAUCGGUUCAGGUAGGAACAGCCGUGCAAACUUCAACAACUUUCACCAAGCAUGGUUCAUCUAUUCACCUAUUCUUCUGCCACACUUGCAGUGCUGAUCUGAUGCCUGAGUCACAUACAGAUAAUUCUCGGGAAUCUGAAUCAGAAUUAGAGCUGGAAGGAACCUUGGAGGUCUUCAAGUCCGGCCCCCUGCUCAACCAGCAAAUCCUUGAUUAAAACAGUUCAUUUAGUGAGCAAAUGAAGUUAUAAGAUUAAAAAGGAGCAUAGAUUUGGGGGUUAAAAUUGAUCCAGAAGCCUGCCUGUUCUUUGAGUUGUCUUUGGAUCCAGACUUGGCGCCGGGCAGUCUAAUAAAGAAGGCUGUGGAUAAACAGCAUGCUAAAUGUUCAUCCUGAACUGUGCGCAUUGAUCUACAAUCAGUAUGAAGGAUUAUCCUUUGAAACCUAAGGCCAGAAAUCUCAGACAAAAGGGACUAUACAUAUUUUGAUAUGAAUUAAUAAAUGACCCCCAAACAAUCAAGCCUUAGAAAAAGAGUAUUUUUUGGAAUGUAGUGCAUUCAAAUAAUUUGGAGCUAUUCUAGAGUGGGAAGACCAUGGCCGAUACUUUUUCUUUGGUACUUUCCACUUGGAAGAAGAAAGUAUUACUGUCACAGACCCAUAAGCUGAAUAUUGACAGUUUAAACAACGUGAAGAAAAGCUGGGAGAAUUUAGGAAUGGAUGAGGGGAUGGGAAAAUGUUUCAAAGAAGUAAUGAAGAACUUUCCAAAUGAGCCUUCAUGGGUAAUGAAAAAUGCUCAGAUGAUUCUCAAGGGAGAUGAUGGGAAAGUGCUGUCUUUUGCUUCAGGAGAAAAAGAAUGGAAAAUCAAUGUUUCUGCUGGAGACUACAAGUUCCGUGUGAAAGCCCCAUCAAAAUCUGCAUAUCUGGCCAGAUUACGCUUUCGGCAGCAACCUCUUAGCACUGGAUGUUUAAAAAAGGUAGAAGAAGACUUGAAGACAUUUGGCCCAUUGACUCCAGCUGAGAACAGUUGCUUUGAGAUGGUACUCCAGCGGUUCUCCAAGAAACCGGAUCAAAUACAAAAUAAUGCCCAGAUAAAAUUAAUCUUUGAUACGGAUGGAGAAAAUGUGGAAUAUGUAUUCAUCUCAGGGAACGGAGAUUACAAAAUGGACGUUACUUAUUCCAGUGGGCAACCUCAGUACAGUGAAUUACAUGUAAGUUCAGACAACAAACUAGAGAAUUUCUCGUGUUCCCUUCAGACACUGGACGUUGGUAACUUGAGGGAAAUUGAAAGUAAAUUAGCCCAAUUGGAUUUGCUUACCGACAGCCUAAAAUCAUGUUUUAAUCACCUUGUGGAUAAAUUGCCUGAAUGUAUCAUUAAGAAUAAUCUCCAGAUUGAUUUCACCUGCGAUGAGCAACGCCUAUCUGUAAACUCCAAAGAGUGGAAGAUCAACGCACAGAGUAAUGACGGAAAAGUAGAUUUUACCUUCAAAUCAGAAAUUUGGGAACAGUUUUUAAAGCAGAACAAGGGCAAACCACAUGAGCUCACUGUGGAAAAACUGAAAGAAGUGCGGACACAAGUCCGGAACAUGUCAACAGUACCCAAGCGUGUCAAUGACACCUUCAACAAAGCAGUAAAUGUAUUUUGUGAGGAAACAUCAUAUUUGCAAAAGAAUGCUCACCUUGUUAUUCAGUGUGACGGUGGAGAGUUGGAUUUCAUCUCUGGCAAAGGGCAGAACAAAAUCGAAAUAUUCUACACAGAUGACAUCAUUGAUUCUAAGGUAUUUCGUACUUGGUUAACGUUCAUACUGAGUUUGCAUAAACACAUUCCAAAAGCUUUACCACCUAUAAUCCCAAUAAUACUACGACUGGUUCUAUCUUGUUUGUGAUGUCCCUUUCAUCGAGGCCAUUACUUGGGAUAAAGCUGUUUCAAUGAGGGUUAAAUUGUAUUGAACAGUGAUUGCUGUAGGAACAUCAUUAUUGCCACGUUUUAAAUCUGCAUUAGAAUUUUUUUCUACCAGAAACUCACUCAGUUGGUUUUCCCAAUAGGCGGAGGAUGUACGUGCUUAGGUACUCGAAAUUGACCCAAUCAAUUUACCGUAUUUUUCGGAGUAUAAGACGCACCUUCCCCCCCAAAAAAGGUGGUAAAAAUUUAGGUACAUCUUAUACACUGAAUGUAGCCCCGCCCACCCACUGGCCGCCACCCUUUGGCCUCUGCCUCGCAGCAGUUACCGCCUUGCAAGCAAACAGCUCCUUUUAGCUUCAGCACAACCUAAUUAGCACAAGUUGAUUGGAUCGGCCUUCCAACUCUCAGCUGUUUUGCGCAGGGCUCUGCUGCUUGCUGCAAAGAGGUAAAUUGCUGGAGCAGAUUUUUUUUCUUCCUUGUGCUAAUCAAGCUAUGUUGAAAAUGAAAAUGAAAGUAAAGCAGGCUGUUUGCUGCAAUGAGGCAAAAUUGCUCAGAGGCAGAGGGAGAUUUCUUUUUCUUCUUUUCCUCACCAAAAAAGGUAGGUGAGUCUUAUACUACGGUGCGUCUUAUACUCCGAAAAAUACGGUAAUUAUUCUUUUAAGGCUGAACUUUAGGAUACAUUCUGGACAAAACUAAAAUCUUAUCUUUGGAGGAAUUCAUUUCAAGAAAGACCCCUAUAUGCAGUGGUGGAAUUCAAUUUUUUUUUUACUACCAGUUCUGUGGGCAUGGCUUGGUGGGCGUGGUGUGGCUUGGUGGAUAUGGCAGGGGUAUGGCAAAAUCUUCAUUCCCUCCCCACUCCAGGGGGAAGGAUAUUGCAAAAUCCCCAUUCCCACCCCACUCUGAGGCCAGCCAGAGGUGGUAUUUGCCGGUUCUCCAAACUACUCAAAAUUUCGGCUACCAGUUCUCCAGAACCUGUCAGAACCUGCUGAAUAGCACCCCUGCCUUUAUGUAUAUAUAUUGUACUAAUUUUCAUCUAACUGAUGAGUGUGUCUAUGUGCCUUGGAGUCAGUUUUGACCCCUGGAAACUGUCUGGAUUUAAUCCCUGCAGUUUUCUUGACAAGAUUUCAGAAGUACUUUGCCAUUGUCUCCUUCCUAGAGCUGAGAAAGAGUGAGUGGCCCAAGGUGACCCAGCUGGCUUUGUGGUCAAGGCAGGAGUAGAACUCACUGUGUCCUGAUUUCUAGUCUGAUGCCUUAACACUACAACAUACUGGCUCUUGAUAAUGAGUAGCUAAACAUGCAUGUAUUGUCUACACAGAAUUCCUUGCAAUUGUGACUUGCGUGGAUACUUUUUCCUUCCCUUUUGAUAAGGACCAGGUUGGAUCAACUUGAGAUCUAGUUGCUUAUGUCAACUCAUAAGGUUACUAUAAUCUAAUUCAGUAGGUCCCUUCCUGUUUGUAUCAGGCUACAGUCUGUGUAAGGGACGCAGUGGCUCAGUGGUUAAGAUGCUGAGCUUGUCAUUUGAAAUGUUGGCAGUUCAGCGGUUCGAAUCCCUAGUGCUGUAUAAAGGGGUGAGUUCCCGUUACUUGUCCCAGCUUCUGCCAACCUAGCAGUUCGAAAGCACGUAAAAAAUGCAAGUAGAAAAAUAGGAACCACCUUUGAUAGGAAGGUAACAGCAUUCCGUGCGCCUUUGGCGUUUAAUCAUGCCGGCCACAUGACCACGGAGACGUCUUCCGACAGCGCUGGCUCUUCGGCUUUGAAACGGGGAUGAGAACCGCCCCCUAGAGUCGGGAAUAACUAGCACAGAUGUGCGAGGGGAACCUUUAACUUUUUACAGUCUGUGUGUUCUGCUUAUUUCAUAUUUUCCCUUUUUAACCAAACUCCCUCUAUACCAUGAUUUAGCAGUGUUCCAGCAUAGUCACUAUUUGAUGGAUUGGACUACAAAGUUUUAAGAGAAACAGAAAAAAAAAUUCCAUUCAGGUAAAGUUUUUAUUUGCUUUCUUCAGCAGUACAAAAACUAGUUUUCAGCUGUUAAAGGUAAAAAGAGAGAUUUCAGGAGUAAACAAAAAUAAAUCCAGCCUCCACCACAUAAUUUUGUGAAAAACUUUUAUUUAUUUACAUUUCCUAUUUUUUAACUGCCCAUCUCCUUCAGAGAAGGAUUGUUUUCUCCACUUCUGUUCCUCUUACCAAAAUAUUUAUAAAGUACUGAAGCUGAAAUAAUUUUUUUUCUGAACUUGUUUAAAAUUUGGUAAACGUGUACUCCUAAAAUUAAUUCCGAACUUAUAACCUCUUCAACCAUUUAAAAUUUUUAAAGACUCAGGAGUGGGAGCUGAUAACACAUACUAUCUAAAAUAUUUCUGUAUUAGGGAUAUUCCUAAAGCAGGAGAACAAUUACAAAUAAUUUUAGAAAAUUUGGCUAGUGCAUGAUUUCAAAUAUGUCAAAUAUUGUAUUUCACCGCAAUCCUGAAAAUGAGAAUACAAGCUACUAUAACCAUGGUUAAAUUUGAAAUUAGGUUAAUUUCAUCUCUAACAGAGAUGGAGUAGGGAGAAUCUCAAGCAUUUUUAAAAAUGAUAUUAAAAACAUAAACUUCUUUGAUAGGUUCAAAGACAUAUAGGAAUCAGAUAUAAAAGUUUCUUUACCUUUAAUUUUAUGGUUAUCAAUCUGAAACAGAAAACCACUGAAAUCAGUUAUUAAUAAAAUUAAGGAAAAUUCAAUGAGUAUUUUAGAAAUGGUAUUUAAAUCUAAGAUAUAACCUAAAUGACCUUUUAGAGCAGCGGACACCAACUGGUGGUCCACAAGAAAAUUUUGGUGGUCCACAGAAAAAUUAUUUGCAUUUUUUAUAUUGCACUAAAUCAGGGGUCCUCAAACUAUGCUCCCUGGGAUGGAGACUUGCAAUGAACAUUGCUGCAGAGAGUCUCUCCCUUCGAGGUCUUUUUGUGUGGAUUGGAGUGGGGCAGAAAUUCCAACUUGGGGUCUGCUUCGGCCUCCUGGUGCGGGGCUUUGGGUGAAGACUGGAGGGAAGCGCCGCUGGUGGCGAAGAGCCAGUGGGACUGCAUCAUGGCCUGGAACUGGCUGACCAUCUCAGCCUGCUGAGCCUCCAGGCACCAAUACCUGGCCUUGCACUCCUGCAGGUCUUCCCUCUGCUUGGAAAGCCUAUGCUCAUAGUCCUCAAUGAGGUGCUUCUGCUGAACCUCCUUCUCAGUCAGAUCCAAUUUGAACUGAGCCAGCUGUUUUGCCAACUCUCUCAUGACUGCUAUUUAGCUCCAACAACUGCUUCCUGUUGGGGCCCUAAGGAGCCCGGGCAGGCAAGCAAGUAGUAGUGAGUAGAGGCUGGCAAGGCGCCCCUCAACGUGACAUCGAGUUGGCCACGCCCACCCAGUCACAUGACCAUUUUGCCAGCCAAUCAUUAGGCAGAUCACAUAUGUGGUCCGCAGGAUUUAAAAUUAUGAAUUUAGUGGUCCUUAAGAUCCAAAAGGUUGGUGACCCCUGUUUUAGAGCAAUAGCACUUAGACUUAUAUACCGCUUCAUAGUGCAUUACUGCCCUAAGUGGUUUGCAGAGUCAGCAUAUUGCCCCCAGCAAUCUGGGUCCUCAUUUUACCCACCUUGGAAGAAUGGAAAGCUGAGUCAAUGGAAGGCUUGAGUCUGGUGAGAUUCGAUCUGCCAAACGGCUGGCAGCCGGUGAUCAGCAGAAGUAGCCUGCAGUACUGCACUCUAACCACUGUGCCACUGGAAAAGCAUAUCAAAAUAAAGACAUCAGCAUUAUGCUGAUUAUUUUAAUUCUACCUGGUUUAAAUUUAUUAUUUACUAGAUCACUGGGUCAUCAUUUCUAAACAGAAAAACAGAAUGACCCCAGGUGGGAGAGGUUGCAACUUCCAAACUUCCUCCCAUCAUCCCCACUGAGUUUUAUUAAAUUAAUUUUUUAAAAAAAUUAAAGUAAAACUUCAUGUGAAAUAUGAAAGGACUCCUUACAUUGAGCAGGGGAUUGGACAAGAAGGCCUCUGAGGUCCCUUAAAGGCUGAUUCCACAUUCUAUGUUCUAAAUAGUUAACUGUUCCCCGAUUUUAUUUGUCUCAAUGUUUUUCCUAUCUGUUGAUUCCAAGCUACCAAUUCAACUCCACCUUCGUGAGCCAUUCUAAGACUUAAGAAGAUUAUGUUUACCUAAACAUCUUCCCACUUUAUUCUUCCUGAGUCCUGGAUCAAUGUAACUUUUUUUCUCCAUUACAUUUUUCUUCUUUUGCCUAUUAAAAUCAAUAGCUCAGUAAUGGGGGAGGGGGGGAGAAGGGAGAUAGCUUUUUGCUGCCCUGAAUGAAAAAGAAAGAAAGAUAGAUCAAUCUGGUCAUUUCAAAUACUAAAUUAUACUAUGAAUGGGAUUCCUUCCAGAUGUGAAAUUUAGGAAUUGCCACCAAGUCCAAUUCAAUCACAUAACGAUUACCUCCUAAAGCAUUCCAGCUAACAAGAUCUCCCUUCUGCUUCUGUGCCUCCUUACUAAUGGUUAGUAUGCACACAAGGUCAAAGAACACAGUUAUGAAUAAAGGAAGAUAAAUUAAUGCAAGUAAAUGGGGAAAAAAUUAGCUGCAAGUAAGACACCUGUGGUAUAAUGUCAAAUAUCAAAUUACUGUAUUUAGUCACAGAUAAGUCAAGAAUUUGAGGGUCAAAGUAGACCCCCCCCCAUUGGAUUUGGCUUAUCCAUGGUUGAGCUUCAUCUGUGAGUAAAUACCAUAAUACAUUUUUUAAAAGUUUUCAUAUAUACUUAAAUAUAAUCUCAUCAGCAGUGAGCAAUUUGGUGUAGUGGUUAAGGCUUUAGGCUACAAACUAGGAGACUUGAGUUCUAAUCCCACUUCGUUGACGACACCAAGCUACAUGGGUUUCGGUCCUUGGUCCAAUCACUUUCUCUCAGCCCUAGGAAGGAGGCAAUGGCAAACUAAUUCUUAAAAAAAAAAACUUGCCAAGAAAAGACAGGAUUGACGGGGAAAGCCCAUCUGCAGGUAAGUCAAUCUUCACAUUUUCAACCAAAUAACCAUGAAAAAUGCACACACACACACACACACACACACACACACACACCGGAUUGGCUAAUCGUGAAAAUUAAAGCAUGAAAAAUUUGAGGGUCAGUUUAUUGUGGAUGGGCUUAUCUGCAAGAAUCUAUAUGAUCUGUUAAAAUACAUGCUCCCAUUGCUAGGUAUGAUGCUUAACAUAGCAAUAGCACAUAGACUCAUAUACCGCUUCACAGUGUUUCUUAACAGCCCUCUCUAAGCAGUUUAAGAGUCAGAAUAUUUCCCCUAACAAUCUGGGGGAACAAUCCUCAUUUUAUCAAACUCGAAGGAUGAAAGGUUGAGUCAACCUUGAGAUAGUGAGAAUUGAACUGCUGGCAAUCGGUAGAAUUAGCCUGCAAUACUGCAUUCUAACCACUGCAUCAUCGCGACUUAGAGGCAGCGGUAUUUAAAAUAAAUAUUUAUUUAUAUUUACUAGUAUCCUGUGCUAUAACCUAAUCCAGACAGUUAUCCUUCUAGGGAGGAGCAAUAAAGUAAUGCAACAAGAGACCACAAUAUUGCAGUUUAAGGUACACAUAGAUAAUAUCAAUGAUACUAAAAAAGCAACCUUAUGUAUACAUUUUUUCCCUUCCCCUUUUUUUCCUUUUGCACUUUUUAUUUUAUAUAUUUUUUAAAAAAUACUUUGUAUUAGGGUAACUAAUACAAAGUAACUAAUACUUUGUAUUAGUAUCAGGAAAGAUUCUGCAAGUAUGAAGUAUAAUAAAGAAAUCACUUCAAUAGCUCAUCAAAGCAUUCAGAAGAAGGCAGUUUUAUUGUAUUCUUACUGUUUCAAAUGUUAAUUAACCAAACCUAUAUAAUCUGAAGGAUAUUUUGCUCUGGAAUCACUUUCCUGCUGUAAGCGUUAUUUCAAUAAAGUAUACUUCAUUGCACCUA